ACAGCACAAAAUAAGCUCGCCGGGCAAGGGAGCUGGGAUCCGGCCGCCGGCGGCUCGGCGGCGGGAGCGCCGGCGGCAGGAAGGUGCGGCCGGUGGGGGAAGGUCGCCACUCACACCAAAUGCCGGCAGGAGGCAGCCGAAAGAGCGAGCGGCGAUGCCCUAGCCCGCACGGGGGGAGGGAGGCCCGGGCAUGGCUUCUCCGAUGAUAGCGACCUCGGGGGGACGCCGAUCAAUGGCGAGGGUCCCCCGGGGUCCCAAGGAGGAGAAGGGAGGCGGCGGGCAACAGCGGCAGGGGCCCGCGGCUCAGGCGUGGCCGCCGGAGCUCGACUCAGUCUGACGAUCGCAGAAGCGGUGCCUAAGGCAUGCGGCAGCGGCGGCGAUCGCGCCGGCAGAAAGCGGAGGUACCGGAGGGCCGCGAGGGUGGUCACUAGUGCGACUUUGAGCGGUGGUGGCGCAGAGGUGGGGUUGCGAGCUCAGCUCGGCCCGAGCUCGCCCAGGGAGCCUGUAGGGCGGCUGCGGCGCGGCAGCAGUGCACGAUGA